CGUUGUGUUCUUUUUUAUCCAUCAGUUUUCUUGAUCCCCUCUCGAAAAGAUUUUCUCUGAAUUCCUGCACGCUGCGUUUGCCCAUCAAGUCAUCCAAAUCAAGGAGCUUAUCAUUAGGCGCUUAUCAUUUCAUCAUUAUAUCCUCUCUUUCACCUAAUGCCCGUGCAAACAUAUCAUCCCUUAUAAUAUUCUUGCGCCGCAAGAAAAGAGAAAGUUCCUGAACUGUGGAGAUAUAUAAGGGGAAAAUGACAGAGAAGGUGGUUCUGUACGAUACGAUACUUGCUCGUAGCUUCAGCCGGCACGAGCAGAAGAGACUUGGAUAUUUUGCUCUCGUCGCCUCUCUUCUCUUCGCCUUCAUCCUCUUUACCGUCUUUAAGCCUUAUCCCGUCCUGGAGUUGCAGCUCUCAGUAGACGCCGGUCUCCGAAUGCUGAGGACAACCGAAACGCUGCAAUCAGAGACGCUCCAAAGCGACCCCAAAACGCUAGGUUCAGACAUUGUUACUGUCUCCAAUGUGAACCACGAAAAUGAGACAUUACAGAGAUUGAUCGGUUCUGACAAUUGCAAGAACGAUUCCGACCUAUCAGACCAAAAUGGCAAGGCCAAGAACACGAAGGCUGUGUGUCACAAACUUGCAAGAACUGAUUUCUGCGAACUAAACGGCGACGUAAGAAUCGCAGGACGAAACGCGAUUGUUAUUGCGAUCAGCACCGCGUUUUCAAGAAAUUCCACAUGGCAAAUCAAACCUUACGCCAGAAAAGGUGACGUCGCUGCAAUGGACCGCGUUAGGGAAUGGACGGUGAAAUUAGCUCCAAACGCUGAUCAAGAAAACGCUAGUUUUCAGCGUUGCGUUGGCAACCACAGCGUUCCAGCCGUGGUUUUCUCUCUCGGAGGCUACUCGCUGAACAAUUUUCACGAUUUCACAGACAUCGUGAUUCCUCUGUUCUUGACCACCAGAAAAUUCAAUGGAGAGGUUCAGUUUCUCGUCACGAACAAGAAUCCAUGGUGGGUCAAAAAAUUCGAACAAGUGAUUAAAAAUCUGUCGAGUUACGAGGUGAUCAACAUCGACGAAGAAGAAGAACUUCACUGUUUCUCAAACGCAAUCGUGGGUCUGAAACGCCACCCAGAGGUUUACAAAGAGCUCACGAUCGAUCCUUCCACGUCGGGAUCCAAAAUGUCGGAUUUCAGACAGUUCCUGAGAGAUGUAUACGCAUUGAGAAACACCGCAGUGAUCGCUCAUCCCAGACGCCGUCGCCGCCCAAGGAUUAUGAUCCUGUCGAGGGGAAGAACCCGGGCGUUUGAAAACGCAGACGCGGUCGCAAGAUUAGCCAAACAAGUGGGGUUCAAGGUCGUGGUGGCAGAAGCGAGCUCCAGCGUUUGGAGUUUCGCUCGAACCGUGAAUUCAUGCGACGCGAUGAUGGGCGUUCACGGAGCGGGUCUAACGAACAUGGCGUUUCUACCCGAAAACGCCGUCUUGAUUCAGAUUCUACCGAUUGGAGGGUUCGAGUGGUUGGCGAAGACGGAUUUCGAAGAGCCGUCGAAGGGGAUGAAGCUGAGAUAUUUGGAGUACAAGAUGGAGCCAGAAGAGAGCUCGCUUCAGCGAUUGUACGGACGCGAUCACGAGAUAAUGAGAGAUCCGACUGCGAUUGUUAAACGCGGUUGGGAGGCGUUCAAGGAGGUUUACUUGGCGCAGAACGUGAGUCUUGAUGUGGAUAGAUUCAGACCUGUUCUUGUUAAGGCUCUUGAACUUCUGCAGUGGUGAAUAAUCUUCACAUUUGGACCGACCAUAUGGAAUGUAAAAUUAUGUUUAUUUAGUUUGCAAUUAUUGUUAGACCGAGCCUUGGGAUGAAUAAUGUGUGGAGUCA